GCCAGCAUUGGUAGGGGACAUCGGCAUGCUCUUUCCUCCUAGGCAGCUUAGCAUGUGAUUCAUUCCAUCCACUUGCACUCGUCAAGAUACAAAAGUAUUCAAUAUCAAUACUACGGCCAAACCGUAAUGUAAAACAGACGAUGACACAGCCUCAUUAAACUCAUAAGCCCAAGUUGGCUAGGGGUUGAAGCUUUUUUAAAGCUUUACCAGUCGUUGCCUUACGUCAUCGUGAAGUUAAACGACACGUGAACAUAUGGAACAUCUGAUAUCUAGGAAACAUCGCCAGAAUCACAGGGAUAUUAUGGACGACUAUAACGUGGACGUAUUCGUCAACCGCGAUGAUCCCAUCCCCACCGUCGUGCUCGAUGGCUCUACGCCAGCCAGACCGCGUACGCCUCCAACUCCGGCAGAGCACUCCGACAGCGAGACGCCGUCGGUACGUACGGGUCUCCGGGGCCGUUUCUCAGCUUUCAAGGAGAAAGCUAAGAUCCAGGACCAACUGGUCGAGAAGCUAUUAUCGCAAGUGGUACCCCUCGACGACGCUCAUAUCCCACAGGAUGAGCCCGCCCCAAAAGGCGGUAGUCCGGGCGUGGUGCGUCCCAACUUCAACCUGACCACCAUGUCCAACAACUUCCGCCGCUUCAACGCCCGGAUCGGCGUUGUCUUCGUUUUCCAAGCCCGAGCAAUCCGGGUACUGUCAUGGAAGAAACCUACGCACACCCUAUCCUUCCUCGCCGUAUACACCUUAGUUUGCCUAGACCCGUAUCUCCUACCCCUCCUUCCCCUAACCAUCAUACUCAUCGCCAUCCUGAUCCCCAACUUCGUCGCCCGCCACCCGGCCGCCGAGUUCAGCCUGUCGAGCGAGCAGGCCAUCGGCUACUCGCCGCACGGGCCCCCGCUCGCCCCCGCCAUCACCGUCAAGCCCGUCAAGGAACUGAGCAGGGAUUUCUUCCACAACAUGCGGGACCUGCAGAACAGCAUGGAGGACUUCAGCCAGCUCCACGACGCCGUCAUACGGCUGGUGGUGCCGCGGACCAACUUCAGCGACGAGGCCCUCAGCAGCGCCCUCUUCGUCGUCCUCUUCGCCGCCUGCCUGUUCAUCAGCAUCGCGUCCAACAUCCUGCCGUGGCGCUUCAUAUUCCUGGCCCUGGGCUGGGCGGCCACGUGCUCGGGCCACCCGGCCGUCCAGCGCCAGCUCCAGACCGCCCACGAGAAGCACAUACACCCGCAGGAGGAGAAAGCCAGGGGGUUCGUCGAGAAGUGGGUCGAGCGCGACGUGAUCCUCGACGACGCGCCGGAGACGCGCGAGGUGGAAAUCUUCGAGCUGCAGCGGCUGUCGGGCGCGGCCGCGGGCGAGUGGGAGCCCUGGCUCUUCAGCGCGUCGCCGUACGACCCGCUCUCGGCGGCGCGGGUCGCGGGCGACCGGCCAACGGGGACGCGCUUCUUCGAGGACGUGCUGCCGCCGCGCGGCUGGGAGUGGAGCGAGAAGAAGUGGGCGCUCGACCUGUGGAGCCGCGAGUGGGUGGAGGAGCGCAUCAUCACGGGCGUCGAGGUCGAGACCGAGGGCGAGAGGUGGGUCUACGACAUCUACGACGAGCGGGCCGCCAACAGGGUCGGCGUCGUCGAGCAGCCGGCCCCGAUCCCGGAUAGCAAGGGGAAGGAGAGGGUCAGGACGCCGCCGAAGCCCAGCUGGGAAGAGGGCGAAGACGGGGAUGGCAGGAGGGGCGAUUGGAGGAGGAGAAGGUGGGUUAGGUUGGUUAAGAGGAAGAAUAUUCCUGAGGCGGCGGCGUGAGGACGGAUGAAAGUGAACGAAGUGGAUGAAUUGGGUAUUGGAUAAUAUAUAUUUAUACGUAUGGCAUAAUGCGAUUUUACUGAUUGGUGCAAGGUAGAUAAUUGUGAGCUUAGCUGGGGGUUGUGUGCCUGUCCCUUACUUAGGGAAUAUGAAGCCAUUAAUUUGAUAUGCACCUCAAUAUUUGCGAAGUCCUUACCCAGAAAAGGGGUGCCCGGGGUGGGUAUCAUAGGAUACUUCCCGUUUAAUAAAGAGCUUUACAAGUAUACAUGGUAUCAAGUCACGAGAGGAAAAUACAUUAUAUGAGGUAGAUAGGUAUCUAUUAAAAUGACAUCUAAAUAAGAUAAAGGGAAGUUGUAUCCCAUCUGUUA